AUGGACAACAUGAACUCCUUUGUGGAAUACUCAUUCUGUAGCCGACCGGGCAGCGGUUCUUACUCUGCCCCUAAACCUGGAUACCAACAUCAUCCUCUGCUUCACCACCACCUUCCUCUGGAUGAGCACCACGGCCUCUCAGUGACCCCCGGUUCCCUCCAUACGGGCCUUUGCGGCUCCUCUGUUCCGGUUAACGAAACCGGCGGUGAGAGCGGGUACAGCGCAGAUGGAGGGAUGUACGGGGACACCGCAGCGGACAUUGGAGGGACGCACGAGUCCAGAGGGGUGAACCAGCAUCAUCAGCAGCAUCCAAUAAAUCAUCUUGAGCAUCAGCAUACACACAGCGGCUUCCAUCAUCAUCAGAACCAAAGCGCGCAGAGUGGAUUAUUGACUCCGUAUACUAACGGCAGUGGAUGCACCUCCGGGGCCUAUGCAGGCCAGACGGGUGCUACAAACUCGGUGUAUGCAGGCGUCACGGGUUCCCCCAGCUCGAUACAGCAUCAGUAUUUUAUGGAUGAGUCUGUGGCGUCCACUUACUACCAUCACUCAGCCUUUCACACUUCUACCCCAGCUGUUGGGCCCAACUAUAACGCCCUUUCCGGGGCGUACGGGCCCCAGGGCCCUCUCGCCAGCUCUCAGUACCCGCAGCAGAUUGGCGGGGGUCUGGAAGCAGUGGGUUACCUGGGAUUCCCGCAAGCAGGAGGGUAUGGAGAGCUGCCGGUAUCCCAGCACCGAGGGAGGGAGGAGGAGGAGAGCCAGCAGGCCGGACAGGGACAUACUUUUGACUGGAUGAAGGUGAAGAGGAAUCCCCCCAAAACAGUCAAGGUGUCGGACUUUGGUCUCGCAGGAGUCCACAAUAACGCCAUGCGUACCAAUUUCAGCACACGGCAGCUGACGGAGCUGGAGAAGGAGUUCCACUUCAGCAAGUACCUCACGCGGGCGCGGCGCGUGGAGAUCGCUGCAACGCUGGAACUGAACGAGACCCAAGUAAAGAUCUGGUUCCAGAACAGACGAAUGAAGCAGAAGAAACGCGAGCGGGAGGGCACGUGCACUACCGCGCGCUCCUACUCAUCUGAGACCCGUUGUGGGUUUGCCAAGGAGCUGGAGGACACGGACCACUCUUCACUUUCCACUUCUCCGGGAGCGUCUCCGAGCUCCGAGACGUAGUCUGAGCGUGACUGGUGACCAACACUUUUUAUCACUGUGAUCUAGAAAUACAUUCCCGUCCUACAGCCUUAUGCAUCCUGUAGGAAAACGAGAGCUUUCACCGGACAGCCUCUUUUUUACCCAUCUACUCGAAUAGUUAUUUUUGCACAACAUAUGUCCUCCUGGAUACUUUGCAUUUUAUUUUAUCACAUGUUGGAAAAAACUAUUUUGUCAAAC